AUGACUAGUUCUGAAGAAACAUUUGCUACUAUCGUUGAUUGUAUGGGACCUAUUUAUUUACAAUACGCAACAUGGAUGAAAAUGAAAAAAUUAGAUAAAGAAAUUAGUUCAAUGGAAAAAUCCUUAAAUCGUCAAAAUUUAGAAGUUUUAUUGGAAAAUGAAGUAUAUAGAGCAUGUUUAGAUCAAAAUGAUUUACUUGAAAAAGUUAAUAACAUAAGUUCUAAGAAUCCAAAGGGAUAUAAAGAUGAAGACAAAAAAAAUAAAGAAGUAAAAGAAACAAAAAGGGCUAAUGCUAAGAUUGUUGUUGAUGAUGCCAAUGAAAAAUUAAUUGUGGAAAUUAAUGAAAAUACUAAACUACCAUUAUUCCUUGGAAGAGAAGGAAAAGAGUUUAAAGAAGAAGGAACAUUUAUCAAUUUAAGACCAUUCACUGAUUCAAAAACGGUUUCACAUCUGCACGCCCAAAUUGAUUAUGACCCUAAACAACGGGUUUAUCAAUUAUUAUCAAUUGGUAGAAAUGGAACACAUAUUGAUGGGAUUGCACAUGUUAGAGAACAAGGAGAGUGUUCUCUUAUUGAUCGUGCUAUGAUUCAAAUUGGUGGUUUUAGAAUGAAGUUCGUGUACUGUUAA